UGUGGGCUCUUCCUGGACUAGGGCUCGAACCCGUGUACCCUGCACUGGCAGGCAGAUUCUUAACCACUGUGCCAGCAGGGAAGCCCCCUUUUAGGGUUUUGAUGAUUAGAUUAUUUCAUACCCAGGGAACUCCAGGAACAGUGCUUGACUGUGAAUUGCUUUAGAAGUGAGUACUUCUUAAAAACAUGCUUUUGAAUCUGCAAUUAGGCAAUUCAGGUAUGUUACGCAUGUUCAUUAAUAGGACUUCCUACUAUAAGGAGACCCACAAAUAAAAAUAGAAUUUUUCUUUCUGGGUCUUAACUUCUUAUUUCUGACUUACUAUGUUAUUUAUAUGCAUAUACCUUUUAUGGUGGGCUACCACAAAUUUAUGUUGGAAAGAGUGGAAUUUAAAUAAAUCUUACCUAUGCUAACUUGAUAGAUUUUGAUAAUUCAUUUCACUAGCAUGGUAUGAUAUUACCAGUAGCAGACUAAAAUCUGAGUUCACUUCUGGCUCUGCCCCUAAAUCCUGAUGAGACCAAUAGCUGGAAAGGCUUUGGGAUAUUAUACUAUGAAUUAGUUAUAAUAUUGACUCUGUUUAGGAAAACCUGGAGGAGUGCCUAAAGCAGUUAAAGGAGGAAAGAGUAAUAAGACUGAAGGCUGAUAAACGAGUCAGUGAGCUGGAACAUGAAAAUGCCCACUUAAGAAAUAUGAAUUUCUCUUCGUCUGAAGCCCUUCAUGCCCACUCAUUGACAAGCAUGAUCCUGGACGAUGCAGGUGUUUUGGACAGCAUUGAGAAUUCUAUUCAGAAGUUCCAUGCUUUCUUGGAUCUCCUUAAAGAUGCUGGGCUUGGGCAGCUGGCCACAAAGGCUGGUAUAGAUCAGUCAGGUUUUCAUUUACUAGGUCGUCCCCAGAUGAAUUCUACCGUUAGUAGUCCACGUAAAGAAGAAAAGAAGGCACUUGAAGAAGAAAAGUCAGAAUCAAAACAGGGUGCCCCAGGACAAAUGAAAAAUAUCCAAGUUUCUAUUUGUAUGCAGUCAGCUUACAAUGAAGGAACACUAAUGAAGUUUCAGAAAAUUACAGGUGACGCUAGGAUUCCUUUGCCUCUCGACUCCUUCCAUGUCCCAGUGUCUACUCAGGAGGCCUUAGAAACUUCCAAAGACAACCUGGGGGUCCCAGUCACAGAGCAGCGGCAGGAGUCUUUUGAAGAGUUCAUUGCUAGAACAUGGUCUCCCCUCAGCAGACAUCAUUUCUGGAACUGGAAGUCAAAGAAAAGAAGAGGAAUUAUCUAGAAAUAGCAGGUCUUCUUCAGAGAAAAUGAGCAAAGCAGGUGAAUAUACCAAAAAAUUCUCUGCUAGGAAACAACCUGGGAAGGACCUGCAUUCCUGCUCUGACUCACCUGUAAAGCAUAAAAGCAAAGGAAUUGGGCAAAAUAAUUCUUUGGUUAAUAAACCAAUUAAAAGUGAGUCUUCAAAAAAACACAUUUCUGUUAAAGAGAGUAGAAUAGUGACUGUUUCAUCAAAGACAACUAAAAGUAAACUCAAUCUGCUAGAACAUUCUGAAAGUGAUACUCCUGGAUCUGAUUGUGAAUUUCAAGAAAGCAUCCAUACUCUAUCACGCCUAACAUAGGUCUAAAUCAUUUAAAAUUAAGUUUUUGCCUUCAAAUUUUAAUAAAUUACUUAUGUUUUUAUUAUAGCUUAUGGUGGUUUCAGUUACUUGACUGGAAGCCAUUAGAGAAAGAUUUACCUAUACUUUUUUAUUAUAAUGAAAGUUUUGGUGUACUUUUCCUUGUGACACUUUGCACCAUUCAUUCAGCUAGUGUUUACUGAGGGCUUCAUAUGUACAGUACUUUUCUGGGUGCUAUUCAGCAGUGAACAAAAUAAAGCCUUUGCUCUCCUGGAACUAGCACUCUGUGUUGGGAGAAAACAUAAACAACAAAGCAGGGUGUAAGGGUUAAAAAGAUAUGGGAAUAAUAAACGGAAUAGUUUUACCAUUUGGUUAAACAUCAAACUAUUAUAAAUCACAUGGCCAGAAGCCAUUGAGGUAUUUUAAUUCACAGUAACCAGAGAGCCUCAAACAUUUACCAAGGCACUUACCGUGUUUAUGGACUACAGCAACGCUCUGAGGUAGGGAACUGUUACCAUCCCCGUUUAUAGAUGAGGAGUCUGAGGAGACAUUUUGUGAGUUGCCCAGAAUUACACAGCUGUAAGUAAGUGGGAAGCUGCGAUGUGACCCGAACCCAUGCUCUAUUUUUUUUUUAAUGUAUGGACUUUAUUAUGUUUCAUUUGUUUCUGAUUUAUGUGAAUAUUUUCUUUAAAGAUUUUUUCUGAUGUCGACCAUUAUUAAAGUGUUUAUUGCAUUUGUUACA